AUGGCGCCUCACCGCGACAUUGAGCUUGGCACAGUAAACAAGUUCAAGGUCAAAGAAGAGUCCCUGGCGCAGGGCAGCUCGUACAGCAUGCGCGGCGAGCCGGACUACGACGACAUUUUCCAGCCCAAGCGCUUGAGCGCUUUUCUGGACAGCUUCCGGCGCGAUCCAAACACGACCUUCUUCCCCUCGGAUCACCUGGCGCAGCUCGAGACGAGCUCGACGCGCGAUCACGAUGGGUCUCAUUACUACGAUCUACGAUUGGCGACACUAGAGAAUGCGCAUACCGGGUUGGCCAGGAAGUUGAAAGGCAGACACCUGCAGAUGAUUGCCAUUGGAGGCUCAAUAGGCACUGGGUUGUUCGUGGCAUCGGGCAGGGCUUUGGCUGCCGGCGGUCCUGCGUCGCUAUUGCUCGCCUUCUCGAUCAUCGGCGCCAUGCUCUACUGUACUUGCCAGGCGCUGGGCGAACUAGCCGUUAUAUUUCCAGUGGCCGGAUCAUUCUCGUCCUGGGCAACUCGCUUCCUGGAUCCUUCCUGGGGGUUCGCCAUGGGAUGGAAUUACGCUAUGCAGUGGCUGACCGUGCUGCCUCUCGAAAUCAUUGCCGCAUCAUUGACUAUAGGAUAUUGGGACGAGGACGUAACGCGGGCCAGCUUCGUUACCUUGUUCCUGUUUAUUAUCAUUGCGAUCAACCUAUUCGGCAUCAAGGGCUACGGUGAGGCAGAGUUCAUCUUCUCCAUCAUCAAGGUCAUUGCAGUCAUCAGUUUCAUAUUGUUAGGGAUCGUACUCAACUGUGGCGGCACUCCGGACAGAGGCUACAUUGGCGGCGAGUUCUGGCAUGAACCGGGUGCCUUCAACAAUGGCUUCAAAGGCCUCUGCAGCGUCUUCGUAACGGCUGCCUUCUCCUUUACUGGGACAGAGCUCGUCGGCCUGGCCGCUGCCGAGACCGCGAAUCCACGCAAAUCAUUGCCGACCGCCAUCAAGCAAGUCUUCUGGCGCAUCACCAUCUUUUACGUGGUCGCCCUCACGUUGGUGGGGCUACUCGUGCGACACGACGACCCUCGCCUCACACCGUCAGACCAGCGAAACGAUGCAGAUGCCAAGGCCUCACCUUUUGUCAUUGCCAUCGAAGAAGCCGGUAUCCAAGUCCUUCCUUCAGUCAUGAACACAGUCAUCCUCAUUGCUGUCCUCUCUGUCGGCAACUCGGCCGUCUUUGGAUCAUCACGAACCCUUGCCGCCCUCGCCAACAUGAACCAGGCGCCCAAAUUCCUCGGCUAUAUCGACCGUCGCGGCCGCCCGCUCAUGGCCGUUGCGACCGCCGGCUGCGUUGGUCUCCUGUCCUACCUCGCCGAUCUUCCUGGGCAGAACAACGUACUCGACUGGCUCCUCGCGAUUUCUGGCCUGUCGUCCAUCUUCACCUGGGGCUCCAUCUGCCUGUGCCACAUCCGAUUUCGACGCGCCUGGGCAUUGAACGGUCACUCACCGAACGAGCUGCCCUUCCAGUCGCAGGUUGGCGUCUUGGGAUCGUACAUUGGCCUCACCAUGAACGUUCUCGUUCUCGCUGCUCAAUUUUGGGUCGGCGCAUCCCCCAUCAAUUGGCGGAAUAUGAGCACUGGAGCAGUGGCCGGAGAAUUCUUUCUCAAGUGGAUGGGUGCACCCAUCAUCUUCCUCUUCUACGCCGGGCACAAGCUUUAUUACAAGACAACCUACCAAGAGAAGGAAGAGCGGGAUACUUGGCCUAACUGGAAGAAGUUUUACAAGUAUAUCUGCUGA